GUCUUGUUGUUAUUAAUGAUGCUUAUUCAUUGUGCGUAAAAGCAAAUAGAAUAGAAAAAGAAAAGAAAAACCCUCUUCUCUCUCAUCCGCUUGUUCUUCGUUAAUAUCUCGAGUUCUAUCUUGAGUUUUUCUUUAAGAGAGACUACAAAGAGUUUUAUUUGGCUCUGAAGCGGUUUUCCUGUCAUAGCAGAUCGGGGUCGCGGACUCGACUUCUUCUGCGGAUUGAAAGAUAAUAAAUACUACAAUGAAGGGUGGAAAGGCCAAAGGUGAGGCAUCAAGUACACUGAAGAAGGUUGAGGAAAAGAAGAUUGGAAAACGGAAGCCAGCUGUCAAGGAGGAGAGAGUCAGUAAAAAGCAAGAUAAGAAGAAGGCAGCCAAGGACCCAAACAAACCAAAGAGGCCCGCUAGUGCCUUCUUUGUUUUCAUGGAGGAAUUCAGAAAGACUUACAAGGAUAAUCACCCCAAUGUGAAGUCUGUGGCUGUUAUUGGCAAAGCUGGUGGCGAGAAAUGGAAGUCGUUGUCAGAAGCUGAUAAAGCUCCAUAUGUUGCCAAAGCUGGAAAAAGGAAGGCAGAAUACGAAAAGAACAUUGCAACAUACAAUAACAAAAAGUCAAGUGCAGAGGAUGUGGCCGAAGAGUCUGAUAAGUCGAAGUCUGAAGUGAAUGAUGAGGACGAUGAAGAAAGUGGAGAGGAGGAGGAUGACGAGUAGAAAUUGUAGGAGAGCCUUUAAUGGUUUUGUCUUUGUAUCAUUGUUGGCCUUCUACAUAAAAUUUGUAAUCUAACCUACUAGCUACUAUCGAAAUGUUUUGAUAUGAAUACCCACCUUCUAGUAGUGAAGGGGGUAUAACCUUUGCAAUUGUGUUUUGGUUCCUUUUCUUAAUGUAGCUAUUCAGGAAUAUGUCGUAACAAUCUUAAUUGUAUCACGAGAUGAUCUUUGAAACGAUCAGAUCACCUUAGAUAUGAUGUUUCUACAAAUUUCCUUUUUUUGGUUGGAAAA